CCGCCGUCUCCCUCCGCAGCGGCUGGAGGUGUUGGAGGGGCGCAUGGCUUUGCGCCUCCCUCCUCGCCAUGCCAUCUCCUGGCGGGCGGCGGCCCGAGGCAGCCCUUUGAGGAGGAGGAGGAGGAAGAGGAGGAGGAGGAGGAGGAGGAGGAGGAAGGGAGAGCCCCUUAGAGGGAUCCGCUGCUGCUGCUGCUGCUGCUGCUGCCCGGGAGGGGAGGAUGGGGCGUCGGGGGCGGCGGAGGCGGCUUCUCCUCUGGCUGCUCCUGCUCCUCCCGCCGCUGGGCGCCUUCAACCUGGACCAAGAGAAGCGCGCCGUGUACCGCGGACCCCCGGGAAGCUACUUCGGGUACGCGCUGGACUUCUACAGCCCCGCGCCUUCCUCCCACGAAGUGAGCAUCCUGGUCGGAGCGCCUAAAGCCAACACAACGCAGCCAGACAUAGUGGAAGGAGGAGCGGUCUACCAUUGCCCUUGGCCUGCUUCCGAGUGUAAACAGAUCCCAUUUGAUGGUACAAACAACAGGAAAAUCAAAGUGAAUGGCACAAGAGAGCCUAUUGAGUUUAAAUCAAAUCAGUGGUUUGGAGCAACAGUCAGAGCUCAUAAAGGAAAAGUUGUGGCUUGUGCUCCCUUAUAUCAUUGGAGAACGCUGAAGGCUUCACCUGAAAAAGAUCCAGUUGGCACUUGCUAUGUGGCAAUUCAAAACUUCAGUGCCUACGCUGAAUAUUCCCCUUGUCGCAAUAAAAAUCCAGAUCCUGAGGGACAAGGUUACUGUCAAGCAGGAUUCAGCUUAGACUUUUAUAAGAAUGGAGACCUUAUAUUAGGAGGACCUGGCAGUUUUUAUUGGCAAGGCCAGAUUAUCACCAGUAGUGUUGCAGAUAUCAUCACAGACUAUUCAUUCAAGAAUAUCCUAAGGAAGCUGUCACAAGAAAAGCAAACUGGAAUGGCACCAUCAGUGUAUGAUGACAACUAUCUUGGGUACUCUUUGGCUGUGGGCGAAUUCACUGGAGACCUUCAACAAGAGUUGGUAGCUGGAGUCCCAAGAGGUGCACAGAACUUUGGCUAUGUUUCAAUUAUAAAUUCCACUGAUUUGACCUUUAUUCAGAAUUUCACUGGUGAACAGAUGGCAUCUUACUUUGGAUAUACACUUGCAGUGUCAGAUGUUAACAGUGAUGGGCUGGAUGACAUCCUCAUUGGAGCACCUCUUUUUAUGGAGCGUGAAUUUGAGAGCAACCCUAAAGAAGUAGGGCAAGUGUAUCUCUACCUGCAAGACAGCACCUUGUCCUUUAGAGAUGCACAGAUACUAUCUGGCACAGAAGUGUUUGGUAGAUUUGGCAAUGCCAUUGCACACCUUGGAGACCUGAACCAGGAUGGAUAUAACGACAUUGCAAUAGGCGCACCAUUUGCCGGAGAAGACCGGAGAGGGAACGUACUCAUUUACAAUGGAGCCAGUAAUGGGUUAAACCCGAACCCUUCCCAGGUUCUCAGUGGUAUGUGGGCCUCCCAGCCGAUGCCUGCGGGAUUUGGCUUUACGCUAAGAGGAGACUCAGACAUAGACAAGAAUGAUUACCCAGAUUUGAUUGUGGGGGCAUUUGGAGCUGGAAAAGUAGUUGUUUACAGAGCAAGACCGGUUGUGACAGUAGAUGCUCGAGUCUUGCUCUCACCAGAGAUUAUAAAUCCGGAAAAUAAAACCUGUCAGCUUCCUGGUUCUGUGGCUCUAGUUUCUUGUUUUACUGUAAACGUAUGUGUGGCUUUUGAAGCUCCAGGUGUUUCAGAUAAAAUAGCUCUGAAAGCUGAGCUGCAGUUGGAUUCCUUAAAAGUCAAAGGAGCUGUUAAGCGAACCCUUUUCCUGGAUUACCAUCAGUCACAGCAUGCCUUCCUCCUCAUGAUAGAGCGACAGAACUGGCUCACUUGUAAGGAUUUUGUGGUUUAUCUCAGAGAUGAAACUGAGUUUCGAGAUAAAUUGUCUCCAAUCAACAUUACCCUGAAUUACAGCUUGGACGAAUCUACUUUUUCAGACGGCUUAACUGUGAACCCAAUACUGAACUAUUACCAAGAAAACAUAGUUGGCAAGCAGGCUUACAUUCUUGUGGAUUGUGGAGAGGACAACGUGUGCAUUCCUGACUUGAAACUUUCCGCUGUGCCAGACAGAGAUCAGAUCAUAAUUGGAGAAGAAAACUGUGUUAUGCUAAUUGUCAAUUCAAGAAAUGAAGGUGAAGGAGCUUAUGAAGCAGAGCUGCAUAUAAAGAUACCUCCUGAAGCAGAUUACACGGGUGUUGAGCGCAACAACAAGGCACUCCGUGCGCUGAGUUGUGAUUACAAGAUGGAAAAUGAAACGAGAACAGUGAUUUGUGACCUUGGGAAUCCCAUAGCAGCUGGAGCAAAUUUUUCGUCAGGCAUCAGAUUCACUGUCCAACGCUUUGAAAAUGCUGAAUUCAGCAUCCAGUUUGAACUGCAAGUGAGAAGUUCCAACAAGGUUAAUCCCAACAGUAAUUUGGUUGACCUUCAGAUUGACAUCAAUGCCGUCGCUCAAGUACAGAUCAGAGGAGUUUCUCAUCCUCCACAAAUUAUUUUGCCAAUUCAUAACUGGGAGCCAAAAGAUGAACCUACCAAAGAAGAUGACAUUGGGCCCCUGGUGGAACACAUAUACGAGUUACAUAACAGUGGACCAAGCGCUAUCAAUGAUACAGUCCUAUACGUGGAGUGGCCAGUGCUGAGCGGAGAGGAAUUCCUUCUUUACAUCCUUCAUAUUCAGACUCAUGGACCAUUGCAAUGUCAAACAAGCUCUGCAAUCAACAGUUUAGACAUAAAGUUUGCUGUCCCGGAGGACACUCCAGAGCUUGCGGCUUUUUUGCGAAACUCAUCUAUUCCUCACUAUGUUGGGCGAAGGGAAGCCAAAGCUGUGGAGCAUCAAAAGAAUUCUGCAAGGAUUCUGAAUUGCACAAAUGUGGAGUGCCUAAUGAUCACUUGUUCAGUGGGACUCUUAGAAAGAGGAAGAAGCGCGGCACUGAAAAUACGUUCUCUUUUAUGGGCUUCAACAUUUCUAAAGAGGAAAAACGGACACUAUUCUCUUUCAGUCAAUGUGUCAUUUGAAGUCAAGAAGAUGCCAUACAAAGUUCAGCCUGCAAAACCUCCUGAAGGAAGCAUAGCAAUUAAAACAUCUGUUAUUUGGGCCACUCCAAACAUUUCCUUUGCAAUCCCGCUGUGGGUUAUAGUUUUAGCCAUACUCCUUGGCUUGCUGGUCCUGGCUAUGUUGACAUUAGCUUUGUGGAAGUGUGGCUUCUUUGAUCGAGCCAGGCCUCCUCGAGAUGAUAUGGCUGACCGGGAACAACUGACAAGUGACAAGACUACUGAUGCAUAGAAGGGUCCUGCAGAGUAUUUGAAGACUUGCAAAGUGCCAGAAUGGCCAAUGCAACGUUAGACACAUCCUUGCUGCACCAGGGCUGCGUGAUGGCAGAAAAUAUUGUUGCUGCCUCAAAAAUACAUCCAGCUAUUGAGCAAAAGGUGGUUAAGUAAAAACCAAAUCACUUCAUUCAAAAGGUGAUUCUUUUUCACAGCACAUGGGGUACGUCAAAAGCACUCUUCAUUGGAACCAUGCAAGGAUGGAAAUCCUGUGCUGCCAUAUGCCUUAAGGAUGAGCAAGAUGAAAUGUUCAGACUCUGCUAUAUGUUGACAGAACAUUGUGGCACCUCCCUAAAGAUGAGAACUUCUGUGAAACUCUGGCUCAGGGAGAGAAGCAAUAUUGUUGGCCCUCCUUGAAGUACCUCCAAAAAGCAGAAGCAGAACCUGUAAAAAUACUUUUUCAUAAGCAAGGCAUGGUUAUUUAUUUUUCCAUCUUUUUGUAGACUGGGCAUCUUAACAAAAACAGGUCAUGAAGUUUUGUCCUGAUGGCAAUGGCCUCGGUAUUGUGUAUAUAAAUAGAGUGAAUGUAUCCUGCACAUUCCAUAUAUCAAUAAUAAGAGUUUGGAAAGAAACGGAGUUGCAUAUUAUUUUAGAAGAUGGGAUGUAUAAUGAAAAA